AUGCAGCGCGCUGUCUCUUCGCGGGUGAGGGCUUCGGCUCUCCCUACUGCUGCCGCCAGGUACCGCGCCGGUGCUGGUCUCGGUCAGCAGAUGCGCUUUGCUCACAAGGAGCUCAAGUUCGGUGUUGAGGCCCGUGCCUCUCUCCUGGCUGGUGUCGACACGCUGGCCAAGGCUGUCGCUACCACUCUCGGUCCCAAGGGACGUAACGUCCUCAUCGAGUCGAGCUUCGGCUCCCCCAAGAUCACCAAGGAUGGUGUGACGGUCGCCCGUGCCAUCUCUCUCCAGGACAAGUUUGAGAACCUGGGUGCCCGCCUGCUCCAGGACGUCGCCUCCAAGACGAACGAGGUUGCCGGUGACGGUACCACCAGCGCCACUGUCCUGGCACGUGCCAUCUUCUCCGAGACGGUUAAGAACGUUGCCGCCGGCUGCAACCCCAUGGAUCUCCGCCGCGGUAUCCAGGCUGCCACCGACGCCGUCGUCGAGUACCUCCAGAAGAACAAGCGUGACAUCACUACCAGCGAGGAGAUUGCCCAGGUUGCCACCAUCUCUGCCAACGGCGACCACCACGUCGGCAAGAUGAUCGCCAACGCCAUGGAGAAGGUCGGCAAGGAGGGUGUCAUCACCGUCAAGGAGGGCAAGACCAUGUCGGAUGAGCUCGAGGUCACCGAGGGUAUGCGCUUCGACCGUGGCUUCGUCUCCCCUUACUUCAUCACCGACACCAAGUCCCAGAAGGCCGAGUUCGAGAACCCCCUCAUCCUGCUCUCCGAGAAGAAGAUCUCUGCCGUCCAGGACAUCAUCCCCUCCCUAGAGCUCGCCACCAAGAUGCGCCGUCCUCUCGUCAUCAUUGCCGAGGACAUUGACGGUGAGGCUCUCGCCGUCCUGAUCCUCAACAAGCUCCGUGGCCAGAUCCAGGCCGCCGCCGUGAAGGCUCCCGGCUUCGGUGACAACCGCAAGUCCAUCCUCGGCGACAUCGCCGUUCUCACCAACGGUACCGUCUUCUCCGACGAGCUCGACAUCAAGCUCGACAAGGUCACCCCUGACCUGCUAGGUUCGACCGGUUCCAUCACCAUCACCAAGGAGGACACCAUCGUCCUCAACGGUGAGGGUACCAAGGAUUCUAUCUCCCAGCGCUGCGAGCAGAUCCGUGGUGUCAUGGCUGACCCCACCACUUCCGAGUACGAGAAGGAGAAGCUCCAGGAGCGUCUCGCCAAGCUCUCGGGCGGUGUCGCCGUCAUCAAGGUCGGCGGCUCGUCCGAGGUCGAGGUCGGCGAGAAGAAGGACCGCUUCGUCGAUGCUCUCAAUGCUACCCGUGCUGCCGUUGAGGAGGGUAUCCUGCCCGGCGGUGGUACCGGCCUCCUCAAGGCCUCUUCCCAGGCACUCAACGACAUCAAGACUGCCAACUUUGACCAGCAGCUCGGUGUCACCAUUGUCAAGAACGCCAUCACCCGUCCUGCCCGCAACAUCAUCGACAACGCCGGCCUCGAGAGCUCCGUUGUCGUCGGAAAGCUGACUGACGAGUUUGGCGCCGACUUCCAGAAGGGCUUCGACGCCUCCAAGGGCGAGUACGUCGACAUGAUCUCCGCCGGUAUCCUCGACCCCUUCAAGGUCGUCCGCACCGGUCUCGUCGACGCCAGCGGUGUUGCCUCUCUUUUGGGUACCACCGAGGUCGCCAUUGUCGAUGCUCCCGAGGAGAAGGGCGCUGGUGGCGGCGUGGGUGGCAUGGGCGGCAUGGGCGGCAUGGGCGGCAUGGGUGGCAUGAUGUAA